AUGUUCAUUUUAUGUGGUCCGGGAGAAUCGCGACGGAUCAAAGCGUUCAAAUGGUUUUGCAAAUACUUUGACGUGCCAGCUGGUCCCGAGCGAUCACUGAGCUGCAAAGGAAUGCUUGACAAUUUUGACGCAGUUCAGCAUAACUACUCGUGGCAACCGGAUUGGGGGAACAUGUGGAGGAGUAGGCCGUGUGAUUGUGAGCCGGCACCGUACGGAGGCAAGCUCUACUGCUACUUUUGUACUUCUGGGACCUUUACCACGCAGCUCAGUUUAAUAAAGUUCCUGCUCCAACUUAUGUUUUUCACAGGUCCACUGCCAUAUUACGACCCGAAAGUCUAUCCGAGCAAGUUUGCCAAAGAAAACGACAGAAACCGUCUCAGAUGUGUCUACAGUAUCUACGAUAGUCCUAGCACAUUUCGAUUGGACGAAGGUGAUGUUACCUUUAAGGGUAUCGAUUAA